GGGCAGCACUGGCUCACUGCUCUUUACCAUAAAACACAGACAAACCCAUCCUCUCCCAUAGUGCUUAGCGGUGGUAAAGUCACCUCUGCAGCUAAAGGCUAAAAUAUCUCUACAAUGGCUCCUCCAGUCGCUGUAUCGCCUCUUAUUAAGACUGCAAGGUAUUCAGCUCUGAUUGCUGGCAUCUUUUAUGGCAAGAAGAGAUAUGAGUACCUGAAGCCCAUUGCUGCAGAGGAGAAGAGGAUAGAAGCUGAAGAGAAGAAGAUUCGUGAUGAGCAGGCACGCAUUGCCAAGGAGCUAGCAGAAGGUAAAAAACAACUGAAUUUCUCCUGGAAUCUUUAAAGAUCCUAUAUUACAUACAGUUUGACCCUUGUUAGUUUUUAAACCAUGUUAUAAUGUUACCUCCUCAAAAACAUACCUCAGUUGUGUUGUGUUUCAUACAUACGUUUGAGUAACCCUUUAUUAUUAGUCAACCUUGUGCUGUCAUGUAAUGUAAUUUUCAAGUUGACAGCUCAGUAGAGAUUGGUAAUUCCAGAGCUGAAUUCAUCCAAGUAAUUUUAGUGGAGGUUUAAAACACAGUGGAGCAGUUCCUGUAUUAACACUUGACAUCACAAGGUGGAACAGAGUGUUUUCUGUUCAAGAGAAGAGCUCAGCUUAAAUAUGUAGGGUUUGUGUGAAACAUGUGUGAAUGAAACAAAACUCGAUUCCAGGAUGUGGAAACAACAUUAUAAUAUUGAUCAGCUCUUUUAAGCACAGUGUACAAACUACAUUCUGUGUUGCUCAUAUAAUGUCUCUCAUUCUUGCAGCAAACGAAUACCAUUUUGAAGUAAAGCUGAGUGAAGAUUUCUGCUUAUUUCUGCAGUUCUGCAGAGUCUUUUUAAGAAUAAAAGGAUGCAAAUUACUAUUGCUCAUAAACAUCUUUCUCAUCAAAUUCCCAUACACUCAUUGUUGUUCUGUCAGUGAAGCUGGUUGACAAUUAUGGGAACAGAAAUACACCAUCCCUGUACAUUUCUUUGUUUAUUCACAUUUGACUCAUAGAUUAGUGCUUUUUGGCACAUGAGACAAGUAAUAAAAUUAAUUCAAUUCAAAA